GAGAUAUCGACCUUCCACCCCAAAUUGAUUUCUCAGAAUCCUACGAAAAGGGAAUCGAUAUAUUUCGAUACGUCCUGAAGGUUUUGACAGGAAGUGGUGAUAUUCAGAUGGAACCAGACCAUGAAAGGUAUGCAAUCCAAGAGGAACGGACAGUUUCCAGCGCAAGCAUACCUUCUGAGUCAAAGAAGAGCCCCAGCAGCAAACCACCAACUUCACCAGUCAAGAGGGCAGCCAGAGGCUUGAACCGCAUGAUGCGCAAGUUGAACACGAAACGAACUGUCCAAUAA